AUGGAGCGGGAUGUUGCCUGUGUGCUAUCAUGGAAUGCUAUUGCCUCGGUGUUUUUGCCUUGUGCUCCUUUUAUGGUCGCUAACAUUUCAAAGAAAUUUUACGGUGAAUUCUUUCAAACAAUAACUGUAAAUAUCGCGCUUGGACAAACAACAAUGAAAGAAUUUCAUACAGCAUUACUUAGACACGCACUGUUGAUGUACAAAACGUUCUUAAGACUUCCUAACUGUUAA